AUGGCAAGAAACAGUGACACAACAACAUGCGGCAACAAAACAACAGCAAGCAGCAACAAAGCAAAAAGCAGCAACACCACAAAAACUGGCAACACAGCAACUACCAGCAACACAGCAACAAGCUGUAGCAACACAGCAACAAGCAGCAACACAACAACUGGAAACACAAUAACUACCAGCAACACAAUAACAAUCAGCAAUACAACAACAACAAGAGGCAGCACAACAACAAGCAACAAAAUAGCAACAUGUGGUAACACAACAACAACCGGUAACAUAACAAUCAGCAACACAUCAGCAACCACAACACAACAACAGCAGCAACACAACAGCGAAAGCAACACAACAACAAGCAGCACCACAACAACAACCAGCAACACAACAGAAACCGGAAACACAACAACAAAUAGCAACAUAGAAACAACAAGCAGCAACACAGCAACAACAAGCAGCAACACAGCAACAAGCGGAAACAUGGCAACAAACAGUAACACAACAAAACGUGGCAACACAAGAAAAGCAAGCAGCAACAAAGCAACAAGCAGCAACACAAUAAAAACCCGCAACACAACAACUACCAGCAACACAACAACAAGCAGUAGUAACACAGCAACAAGCAGCAACACAACAACAACUGGAAACACAAUAACUACCAGCAACACAACAAUCAGCAACACAACAACAACAAGCAGCAGCAGAACGAACAAGCAGCAACACAGCAACACAACAACAACCGGCAACACAACAAGCAGCACCACAACAGCAACCGGAAACACAACAACAAACAGCAACAUAGAAACAACAAGCAACAACACAGCAACAACAAGCAGCAACACAGCAACAAGCAGCAAGACAACAACAAGCAGAAACACAGCAACAACAAGCAGCAACACAACAACAAGCAGAAACAUGGCAACAAACAGUAACACAACAACAUGCGGCAACACAUCAAUAGCAAGCAGCAACAAAGCAACAAGCAGCAAGACAACAACAAGCAGAAACACAGCAACAACAAGCAGCAACACAACAACAAGCAGAAACAUGGCAACAAACAGUAACACAACAUGCGGCAACACAUCAAUAGCAAGCAGCAACAAAGCAACAAGCAGCAAGACAACAACAAGCAGAAACACAGCAACAACAAGCAGCAACACAACAACAAGCAGAAACAUGGCAACAAACAGUAACACAACAACAUGCGGCAACACAUCAAUAGCAAGCAGCAACAAAGCAACAAGCAGCAACACAACAUAA